AUGGCCCCCACCUGUAAGAUUUUAUUUGAGCCCCAUAAUAUUGAUAAUGCAUCACCAGCUACCGUAUCCAGAAAUGGCAUGGUUUAUAUGAGCUCAUCAGGUUUAGAUUGGAGACCAGUUGUUCAAGCUUGGCUUAAGAAAAGAAACUCUAGGGAAUGUGAUGUAUUUAAACAUUUAUUUGAUGAAUCUUUUGCCGAAUUAUACGCUUGGGGAACCCAAAUGCUUGUUUUAGUUAUAAAUGUGCUACAAUGUUUGGUUCCUUCUCAACCAGAAACGAGUGAUGAUAUUUUAACAAUUAAAUCUGAUGUUGGAGAUAAUGAUGAGGAUAUGGGAGAGGAAAUAGAAAACCUGGAAGAAAAAAAAAUAUUUACCAGCGAACAUUUAAAAAAAUUAUAUGUUUUUGCUCUUGUAUGGGGGAUGGGUGCCUUUUUGGAAAAUAAUGAUAGAAAAAAAUUUGACACUUUUAUAAAAGAAAAAUUAAAAUUUCUAGAUAUUCCAAUGGGCGAUAGAAAAAAUCCAGAUGUAUGUAUUUAG